GAAACAGAUAUUAGAAGAGUGAUAGGAAUGUGAAGGAAGAACAGGCGUGGUUUUGAUUAGGAUUUAUUUUUGUGUCGCUUGAGAGAUUGGAAUCGACGAGACAGCGUUGGAUGAAUAGAAAGAAAGGAAUGGGGAUGUUGAAAGGCAGCGGAUGGCCGUUGUUGAUGUUAAUGAUGUUGUCGGUGGGGAAAAUGGCGGCAUCAUCGGAAGAGGAAGAAUGCGAGAAUCGAUGGAUCCACAUAAGGAAGCUACCUUCAAGAUUCAACCUGGAUCUGCUGGCAAACUGUUCCGAGUAUCCAAUGUUGGACGACCUGUGUCCCUACCUAGGAAACCACGGUCUGGGACAGAAAACCCAUAACCGCUCCCGGAGUUGGUACCGAACCGACCCUUCCAUGCUGGAACUCGUCUUCCACCGUCGGAUGCUGGAGUACCCCUGCCUCACGCAAGAUCCCCUGCGCGCAAAGGCUAUCUAUCUCCCCUACUACGCGGGCCUCGAUGCCCUACGCUACCUCUACGGCUCAGAAUCAAACUUCAGCGCCCUACACGGUCUCCACCUCUUCCAUUUCCUCCAUCAAGACAACCCCCAAAUCUGGGCUCGUCACAUGGCCCACGACCACUUCCUCGUCAUGGCCCGCCCCGCCUGGGACUUCUCUCAACCCCUCACCAACGACCCUCCCUUCUGGGGCACCUCCUUCCUCGAGUUGCCCCAAUUUUUUAACCUCACCGCCCUCACGCUCGAGGCCCGCGCGUGGCCCUGGCAGGAACACGCCGUUCCCUAUCCCACCUCCUUCCACCCUCUCAACCUCGGACUCCUCGAUUCCUGGAUCACACGGGCCCGCCGCUCCAAGCGCUCCAUCCUCGCGCUAUUCGCCGGCGGUGGAGGCGGAGGCGGAUCCUCGUCGCCCAACAUCCGUCGGAGCAUACGCAGCGAGUGUGAGAACGCCACCUCGGACCCCUCUUACGAGAAGUUGUGCGAGAUCGUGGACUGCUCCAACGGGGUUUGCGAGCACGACCCUGUUCGGUUUAUGCGGCCCAUGCUGCAGGCGAGUUUCUGCUUGCAGCCUCCCGGGGACACCCCCACCCGCCGGUCCACGUUCGACUCGAUACUGGCGGGGUGUAUACCGGUUUUCUUUGAGGAUCUUUCGGCCAAGUCGCAGUAUGGGUGGCAUCUGCCCGAGAACGAGUUUGAGGAUUUCUCUGUGUUUAUUCCGAAGGAGGAGGUUGUGUUCAAGGGGUUGAGGAUUUUGAACGUCUUGCAACGGAUACCUAGGUCUAAGGUUAGGAGCUUGCGGCAAAGGGUUUUGGCGUUGAUACCAAAUGUCUUGUACAGGAAGCAUGAUAGUUCUCCCGGUCUCAAAGCUAAGAAGGAUGCAUUUGAUUUGGCCAUUGAUGGUACAUUGGAUAAGAUUCGAUCCAGGGUCCAGGAACUUCAUUCUGUUAUCUGAAUCUAAUCGUGAUUUUCUUUUUGUUUCUUUCCUUAUAGGCUCCUAGUUAUUAGUUUAAGGUGUACCUUUUUGGCCAAUAAUCAAUAGAAGAACUUCACACAAAAGAUUAGUUUCUGGCACCUGUGCACCGAAUUGUGACAGCGCAUCUACAAAUUAUGUGUCACCAACAUUUGGUUGUCUUUGGAAGUUUCUUAUUCAACUUCAGACCUGGGAAAUGUUGGACUAGUGAUAAGGAAUAGGUGUUUUCGAAGUCUUGUCGAGUUAACUUGUAUGGAUCAGCUAGAAUUAAUGAUCCACAAGGCUUUCAUCACAAUUCUAUACUGUACAGUACAUGUUAUAUUGUAUAACGAUCCUCGGGAAUUGAAUUGCUAA